UGCAUCCCUCCAAGCUUGACCACCACAACAGUGUGUGUGUGUGUGUGUGUGUCAGGCACGUGUGGCCGCUGCACCGCCGCACCGCCUUGUGGCACUGUUGGAGUGUGUCAGUUGUGUGGCUGUCACCUGCACCUUAUAUUUUGUCAGGAAGUCUGAGUGUUGACCUUCCUUGAGAUUGGUGAAGACAAUGGCAGCAACAGAGGUGAUGAUGGCGGUGGAGGAUGAAGAGAGAGAGGAGAAGGAGAGGGAGAGGGAGAGGGUAGUGUGGUGGGCCUCCCUUCAAUGGCUUCAGUGGAGGAGGUGGAGGUCCGCCACGUGAAGGCCCUGAUGGAGUGUGGUGGUGAGGUGACCCUGGACGUGGCGCGCUCCAUCCUGGCCGCACAUUUCCGCACCCUCAGAGCCACAAGGAGUGCUGGUGUGCGUCGCCUGGCUGGGGGCUACAUCCAGUGUCCCACCUGCAGCACUCCCUGGAUGGCCGAUCUCUUCCGCCCUCGCAUCGCCGGCUGUCCCAGGAAGGCGAGAAAUGAGCGCAGACUGAGGCGGGUUCUCCAGCGGUCAAGGAGACAGCCUGGCAAGCUGACAAAGGGAGAUAAACGUCUUCUGUGGCGAUUUGAAGGCCGUUUGAACAUGAUGGAGGUGUUGUGUCAUGUGUGUGGGAAUAAGAAGGAGGAGCUUUUUGCUGUGCCAGACACAGAAAAGGUGGAGGAGGUGGUGGAGGUGGAGAAAAGGAGGAAGAAGAAGAAGAAGAAGAGGUGUAAGGAAGUUAAUGCCGGUUUGUUGAUUUCCUCGCGUCCUGUGGCCGGAAAUACUGAGGAAAGUUGCAAGUCGGUCUUCACAAUGUCGGAAAUUGACACUUGUACCCCAGAAGUGCCGGAAACUACCCUAGAAAAGCGCAAAAUUGCCCUAGACGGAGCCAAAAGUGCCCUAGACACACGGAAAAAAUCCCUAAAGAGACAGAAAGUUCCCUUAGGAGUCUUUAAACCCAGAAAAAAUGUUAGCAGGGUGGAAAUUAAGAGUGUACCCUGCCAGCCCCCCCCUGCCCCAACCCCUACUGCUAAAUCAAGAGAGAGGGAGAGGAAAGUGGCCAACCUGAAGAGAAUUAUGGGUAAAGAGAUUGCCAAGAGUGAUUUGCUGACAGGAGGAGGAAAAACUCAAAAUUCACUAACCACUUUCUUGAGUUCUUUGCUUUGAGUGUGUGUGUGUGUGUGUGUGUGUGUGUGUGUGUGUGUGUGUGUGUGUGUGUUGUAUUC